UGUUAUCAGACGGCAAGUACAGCAACACGGUUUCUAUGUGUCAAUCAUUAUGGCAGAUGAAAACAUUGCGAAAAAGAAACAGGAUCAAAAAAAUCCAAAACGCUUUACAAAUAAGAAACAUGCAAUUAAAAAACGAUUACCUGUUAGACCUAUUGAAGGCGACAAUGUGAUAUAUGUAACUAAAAAGACUAAUUUUAAGGCCCAACUGGACAAAUGCUGUGAUCUCCUCGCUAAAGGCGAAAAAGAGAUCAUACUUCAUGGAUUAGGAGCUGCUAUUCAAAGAUGUUGCAACCUUGCUCUUCAACUUGAAAUCCUGUUCUCAGGAACUUGCCAAAUAGAAGUAAACACUGGAACAGUGGAUGUAAUCGAUGAUCUGGAACCACUAACUGAUGAUGUAGAUUUUGGAGCGCAGAUACGACACACAUCGUCCAUUCAUAUUCGAAUAUUUAGGACAGCAUUACUCGGUGCAAACUAGUAAAAUGUUCUUUACAUUAAGUGAAAUAGUACAGUGGAUCGGACUGACAGUUUUUGAGAUAUGGAUAAACUUAAUAACAAUAACAAUAUUUUCUGCACUGCUAGCACUUAAGAUUGACGGUGUGGUAAAUAGUGCUUGGUGGACUAUAUUUGCCCCAUUAUUUGUGAGUGAUGCUAUGAAUGCAUAUUUUUGUUGUAUAGUAUGUAUAAGAAUGACUUUAGAAAACUCUUAUAAGGCAUCAAUACAUAGAGCAUCAUGGAGUUGUAUA